AUGCGUGCUCUGGGGGUUUUGCCUAUGCUGUUGUGUGCAGCGGUGUGUGUGCUCCAGGUGAGAGCUGAGGUGAAUGCGGUGAAGCUGUGCGGACGAGAGUUCCUGAGGGCCGUCGUUUACACCUGCGGAGGCUCCCGUUGGAGGAGAUUCCUCAGUGACUCAGACAUGGACGUUCCAGGUUUGCCCACAGGGGAGCAGAGCAGUUUGGAGAGGCUGACCAGAAGCAUCCCGGGCUCCGAGUUCUCCAGACGGGACAUGAACAACGUGCUGACCAGCGUGUGCUGCCAGGUGGGCUGCAGGAAGAGCGACCUCACCUUCCUCUGCUGA